AUUAUUGUUAUUAUUAUUAGGGUGGUGUGUGGUUAUUAUUCUCAGCACUGCAGUGAUUAGCAUGGUGGUGGUGUAUGAAGUGUUAGUGUGUGUUGAGCUGGUGGUACAGUGAGUGGAUCAGAUACUGCAGCAGUGAUUAGCAUGGUGGUGGUGUAUGAGGUGUUAGUGUGUGUUGAGCUGGUGGUACAGUGAGUGGAUCAGAUACUGCAGCAGUGAUUAGCAGUGAUUAGCAUGGUGGUGGUGUGUGAGGUGUUAGUUCGUGUUGAGCUGGUGGUACAGUGAAUGGAUCAGAUACAGCAGUGAUUAGCGUGGUGGUGUAUGUGGUAUUAGUGUGUGUUGAGCUGAUGGUACAGUGAAUGGAUCAGAUACAGCAGUGAUUAGCAUGGUGGUGGUGUAUGUGGUGUUAGUGUGUGUUGAGCUGGUGGUACAGUGAGUGGACCAGAUACAGCAGCAGUGCUGCUGGAGUUUUUAAACACCUGACUGAAAGCUGAAAGUAGGCAGGUUGUACAGACUGGUAAAGUGUGUUUGAAAAAAACUGUUUCCUCUGUAACAGUAAGAAGGUUGUGGGUGUGUGGAGAUAAUGGUGAAUUUAGAGCGAGGCAGGCUGGGUAAUGAUGGCUCCUCCCCGGUGGCUGUUAUUAAUGGCGGAGGCUGAGUGAGGGAGGUUUAAGCUUGGUGCGAUCCACACUGACCUAAAUAUUCUCAGUUUCUCUGACCCACAUCCCGUCCACAGCAGCUCCGCACCGGGCCUCGCUUUUCUCUAUAACGUCCCGAGAUUAAUGCUCCUCUAAACCUCUAUUACAGAGGAUAACAGUGUCUGACUGUGGUACGGAUUUACAUUGCUUUAUCCUGAAAUACAAACAUUGUUUUUGCUGCUACUGUGUGUGAUAUACUGUACACUACCUGACCAAAGAAAUGUAGAGCUUAGAUCAGGCCCAAAAACUCCAGCCCGACCCGGCCCGAGCCCAAAAUGACCCUCCCCAUAAACUGUCAUUAUGAGCCAGAGCCUGAUUUAAACCCAACAUUAUUUUAGUACGUGAGCUUUUUUAGUAUUUGAGUAAUGUUCUAAUCCAUAUUAUGAAAAGAAAAAAACUACUCUAAUAAGUGUCACGCCGCCUCGUUCUCCUUCCACAUUACCGGACUCCAUUUCCCAGAAUCCUGUUGAUUAUGACACCAACAGUAUCCGUUCUACUUCACCCAAUCACAUUUCGCUCCGACGCUCUGAUUCACCUGUGUUCUGAGUUAGUUCCGGUUCAUACCCAUCUAGCUCCGCUAUUUAAGUCUGCAGUAUGUAAACAAACACCGCGAGGUAUUGUUAACUUAUGUUGCAUACUAAGCGUUAUCCUAUUGUUUCUCGUUUUGGCUUUAUGUUUACGACUCUCUUUUUGGAUUAUUGGUUUAUGUCUUUUGUCUUGCCCUUAUUGGAUUUAUUGCAUGGUUGGACUGAUACGCAGUUACGAACUCGGACUGUACUUUCGACUACGUCUUUGGUUUUCGGUGAGAUCUUUGUUUGCCUGGCUUUACUGUUUUCUGUUAUACUGCCUGUUAAUAAACCUGUUUGCUUAUUUUACUCGGCUUGCGUCACUCCUCACUACCUGGCGUUACAAUAAGUAAGUAACUAAGUAAAUGAAAAGUACUUUACGAAGAAAUGAAGGUCAGUCAAUCUUAACUUAAAAAAAAAUCUGAAUGUUUAAAUGAACGAAAUCUGUUUAGAAUGAUGUUAAUUAACAUUGCAACAGAACAUUGAAGAAGCAUAGACCUAUUAUCUAAGAAAAGCAUUUAUUAAGAACAGAUCUCCCCGUCUACUCUAAUAUAGUUAACAAUGUUUAAGAAUAUAAAACGUUUUAAGAACAAACAAUUUUCUUUUUAUUUUUAGCAUAUAGCUUAUGUGCAAAACACAUAAAAGAGCAAUAAGUCUAAAACAAUAUGGCUAUGCACUGCGCACUCAUUAAACUGAAACAGAACAAUAACAUAAUUUACAAUUACUUUCGUCUACUCUGAUAUAAUUAACAAUGUUUUAAAUAUAAAAUACUUUCUAAAUAAAAAAAAAAGCAUAUAAGGUCCAAAGCUGCGUGAUUAUAAUAUUCUAACUUGUGCAACUUUUUUAAAAACACAGUUUGAUUUGUUACUUUCUAUACUGUGAUUAUCACGCCGUAGCUUUAUAUACAAUAAAAAUAGCACAAAAAAACAGAUGCCUAGAUCAGACUAUUUUCUUGAGCCCGACCUGACCUGGCCUAAGAAAAUUGGGGGAAAAUCUCUUACAUUUGGUUGGACCCUUUUUUAGCUUUAAUUAUGGCACAGAUUUACUGUCACAUGAUUUCCAUAAGCUUCUGUAACAUUAACAACAUUUUGUUAAGUAUUUCUGUGCAGUGUCUUGUCGUAUUGAUGAUGGGAGAUUUGGAGCACGUCCCAAAGAUUACAGUAAUAGAGAAUAAUGUGAGAUAGGAAUGCAGCAGGUCAGGUGAUGCUGUGUAUGAUGACGUCCAGCCCUGCUGAAUCUGUCACCUCGCUCUCAACCACGUCUCCUGAGUCCCGGAAUAAGGAUUAAUCCUGUUUCCUCUAUUAACAACCAGCCCAAUGGGGUUUAUCUGACCUCAAAUAAUGCAAAGAAAACAUAAAGUUUUAAGAGUUCAGAAAUCAGUAUUUGGUGGAAUAACGCUGGUUUUUAAUCACAGUUUUUUUCAUGCAUCUUGGCAUCAUGUUCUCCUCCACCAGUCUUACACACUGCUUUUGGAUAACUUUAUGCUGCUUUACUCCUGGUGCAAAAAAUCAAGCAGUUCAGUUUGGUGGUUUGAUGGCUUGUGAUCACCCAUCUUCCUCUUGAUUAUAUUCCAGAGGUUUUUAAUUUGGUAAAAUCAAAUAAACUCAACAAUUGUAAGUGCUCUCUCAUUUUAAACUAUUGCAAACGAAAUAAGUUUCUUGCUAAAAGUUGGUCCGACAUUGCUUGAUAACCUGUAGUAAUUGUACUCUUGCUCACUUUGAGUCUUUAGUUUAACCGGGUAUAUGGAGCACUUCUGCAGGGGUUCUUUUUACCUGAUGUAGGAUUUCAUCAUUUGUCACACGAUGAUGUUUCUCAACAAAUACCUGAAACUACCUGUAACUGAGAGUAGGCUGUGCUGUUUUUGUAAUAUCCAGGUGAUUUGUUUGCACUACAGCUAUUCUGAGUAAAACCGACAUCUUUCCUAUUAGCUCCUGGCAACAUUGAUUUGCAUAUUGGUCGCAAAGUGUUAGACAGAGCUCCAUCGUUCACACCUGCAUAAGACAUGGAUUCAGUAGGUUUAUGUAUGUUUAUCUGCUCUAGAGAGUUCUAUUCUAUUGAUGGUACUUCUCGUAGAUGAGCUGUGUCUGUGUGUGUGUGUGUGUAUGUGUGUGUGCAUUUGCACAUUUGUGUCAGCAAUGGGUACAACGUAACUGAUGAAGCUGAAGGCUGCAUUUAUUUGAAGAAUAUCCAGAAAUAUAAGGACAAAUGUUGUAAAAGUAGUUUUGAGUGUGUUAUGUGGUCCCUGGAGUGUGUGUGUUGUGUGUAGUGUGUGUGUUUAUUGUAGCGGGAGCUUUGUGUUCUGUGGAGUUCUGACCCGAGGGAGGUUCUGCUGAGAAACCAUAAAACACCAGCGCCAUUAGGAUCUUCCAGGAAAUAAAGAUUACACUGUGUGUGAGUGUGUGUGUGUGUGUUAACACUCAUAUCUGUGCCAGCGAGUGUAGCUGGGAGCUCGACAGUCGGAGUGAUGCAGUGUCUUUCAUUUUACAGAAUUACAUCUGGUAAACAGCGGCCUGCGGCGACGACCCUCUGCGGCCUGUCACAGCCAAUCAGACGCUUCCGCCUCGCGGCCGACUUGGACCCACAGCGACAGCAGCUGCGCUCGUCUUCCUCUGAUUAUUAGGCUCCGAUAAGAAGCUUUAGACUUGGUGACCUCGAACCGGUGCAGCCUCGUCCAUGAGCAGUGAGGCGAGUCUGCUGUUGGCCGGGAUCGUUAUCGGCCUCGUGAUCAUCAUCUCCUGCAUCACCAUCAUCAUCGGCAGGCUGAGGAAGGGGAACCACAAGAGGAACCCGAACCUGCGCUCCAGCAGUCUCGUGGGAGACCGCUAUUUUGUAGGAUCGAAUGGGGAACUGAGGCCGAUCCGUCCUGAUGAUUCCCGCACUGCAUCUGACUGGGACUCCUACGCCGAGACCGUGUCCCAGAUCAGCGACAUGUGUCCGGACGCUCCGCCCCAAUACGAUGAGUGCAUGGAGUCCAGAGCCCCUCCGAUGUAUGAACCGGCCGAGGCGCCCCCACCGUACUCCGUCACCGACCCCUUCCGCUGGGACCAUCCGUCCUCCCCCCGCCUCCACCACGCACACUAUGACCUGCAGAUGGAGCUCCUCCCAGACUCCUCAGCGUAUCCAAUCAGACAGCGACAUUUUAGAGCCUGGUCAGUCGCGUCCAUCCCACCUUCUCCACUGCCUCUGGAGGAGGCGCCCCCGUACGAGGCAGUGGUGGGGGAGGCGGAGUCAGACCGGCCCAUCCCCCUAACCCCACAGACCUGAAGGAACCACACCAGGUUCUUAUUGGUUGUGAGUUUGAAAUGCUCUUAGAUAACUUUUCUAGAGCGCCAGGGUUCGAUUUGGGUUUUUGAGUCAGAAAUCCGAUCAGGAAUCCGAUCAGAAAUCCAAUCAAAAACCUUAAAAUCUGAUUAUUUCGGUUCUGUUUUAUGCAGUGACUUCUCAAUGAGAAUUAUGGGAUUUUUCUAAGAUCAGCAAAUUCCCAUUUUCUGAUGACCACUCAACUACAAACUAGCUACUAAUCAUUAGCUACGAUUUCCUGACUCAAGUUUUGUGAGCCAAUCAGAACUGUCAGAGCCAUCCGAAAGCACUGUUCCAGGUUGAAGAUGACCAAUCAGAUCAAAAA